AUGCAGGCACAGAAAUUGCCAGCUAACGCAAACCCUAACCCUAACGUUAAAGUGGAGAGUAAUAGAACACAAAAUGAGUCUAUAUGCAAAGACAAAUCUCAUGAGCAGCAUUUGCUCUUUAAAAGAGACUGGUAUACUACUGGUGCAACCUUUUUUGCAGGAGGAUUUGCUGGAGCUUGUAGUCGUACACUGACUGCACCACUAGAUCGUAUUAAGAUAAUUGUCCAGGAAGGUCAUUUGGUUACUGGUUCAGAAAAACGAAUACCUACUUUUAGAUCAUCCCGGUUGAUUCAUGUAUUCAACUUGAUUAGAGCUGAUGGUGGUUGGCGCUCCUUUUGGCGUGGAAAUGGAAUUAACUGUCUGAAAGCAGGUCCUGAAUUUGCAUUUGUUUUUACCCUUCGUCGCUAUUUUCUUUCCCUAUAUGAGGAUGGAGUGGAAGAGGAACAGCGACGAAUGCUACAGCGGGAAGAAGAGGAUGCAAAUGGUACUCCCACAAAUGUGAACCGGCCACCUAUCUCUGUACUCCCUGCCCCGCUGAACGCAUACGGUAACCUUAUCGAUGUUCCUCGCAUCUUUGUUAACUUCUGCAUUGGCGCCUGGGCGGGUUUUGGUGCCCAAUUAGCGCUCUACCCACUAGAAGUCGUCAAGACACGCAUUGCCGUAUCAAAGACGACGGAGUUCCGCGGUGGUAUUCGCCAAGUCGUUGCUGAAACAUAUCAACAAGGCGGUAUUAGAGAGUUCUACCGCGGACUCACACCAAACAUGGUGGGUGUCUUUCUCUACCGCGGUCUUGAAGUGGGCGUCUAUUCAACAGCACAGCAACAAAUCAUGAUGUACCGCAUGCGGCGGUAUGGUAUGAGCCGCCAUGAUGCUUCUCUCUCUUCUGCAGAGACUGCAGGCGUCGGUAUGGUCGCUUCUAUACUCGCACAGACUGUGUCAUAUCCCCUCAACGUUGUUCGCACACGAUUACAGACACAGGGAAUCAACGGCCGAGCGAUAAAAUACACGGGGAUGAUUGAUUGCUUCGUAAAGAUGGUCCGAACAAAAGGACCAGCUUCACUUUUCUCUGGUAUAACAGCAAACUAUCUUAAAGCGGUACCUGCGAGUUCGUGUAUGUUUGUUGUAUUUGAAGGUGUGCAGAAAAUACUUGUGGGGGAUGAUUGA